AUGUUGGCUGUCGACCUUUUGAAUCCCUCUGUUGAGCACGAGAAGCGCUGCCACAAGAAGAAGAGACUUGUUGCCUCUCCCAACUCCUACUUCAUGGAUGUCAAGUGCCCUGGUUGCUUGAACAUCAGCACUGUCUUCAGCCACGCACAGACUGUUGUCUUGUGCUCUUCGUGCGGCACUGUCUUGUGCCAGCCCACCGGUGGUCGCGCACGUUUGACCGAAGGUAUGUUAUAUUACAGAUAG